GAACUGGGGAGACUUGAAUCACUGACUAACAUGAAAAUAAAAAGUGCUCCCCCGGACCUUCAUGGCCUCUACAAGCGCCUCCAGAGUUCCCACCCUCCACCGGCCGUGACGUCACAUGUCCGGCUCCGAGACCAGUCGGCAUUUGCCUAUCGGCAGGGUCAUGAGCGUAGGGAGGACCGAGAGAGGAGGAACAGGGACCUUCUGCACCACGGCACCCAACCCACCUGCACGGUCCAUGUCACGCCUCCCCAAGGCCUGCCUGCUGUGAGACAGACGCCCAUGGAAGUUCUGAAGGUGCAGUCCCACUUGGAUAAUCCCACCAAGUACCACAUCCAGCAGGCCCAGAGGCAGCAGGUGAGGCAGUAUCUGUCCACCACACUGGGUGGUAAAACCGGCGGCCAGUGCCCCAGCCAGCCCCCCGAGCACGGCAUGCCACCCGGGCCCGGCAGCAGCGCCCCCAACAGUCCCAUGGCCCUGCUCACCCUCAGCUCCAACUGUGAGAAAGAGAUGGAUGAUGUCAUUGAUGAUAUUAUUAGCUUGGAGUCAAGCUACAAUGAAGAGGUUCUUGGACUUAUGGAUCCAGGAAUGCAAAUGAACAAUCAGCUCCCUUUGUCAGGAAACCUUCUCGAUGUGUACGGCAAUCAAGGGCUUCCACUCCCCGGACUCGCCAUCAGCAACUCCUGUCCAUCUAACAUUAAGAGGGAAUACUCAGCUCCUGGCAUGAAGCAAGUACUGGACAAGUCUGACACCUGUGGCAUGUAUGAAAACUAUCAGAGGCAAGAGGGCUUCCCAGUAGAGGCUGAAGUCCGUGCUCUUGCCAAAGAGAGACAGAAAAAAGACAACCACAACUUGAUUGAGCGAAGACGGAGGUUCAACAUCAACGACCGCAUCAAAGAACUGGGAACCUUGAUACCCAAGUCAAAUGAUCCAGACAUGCGCUGGAAUAAGGGCACCAUUCUCAAAGCAUCAGUGGACUAUAUCAGGAGGCUACAGCGGGAGCAGCAGAGAGCCAAAGAGGUGGAGUGCCGACAGAGGAAGCUGGAGCAUGCAAACCGCCAUCUGUUGCUUCGUAUACAGGAGUUGGAGAUCCAGGCCCGUGCUCAUGGUCUUACAGUGGUUCCAUCCCCAUCCGUCUGCACAUCGGAUUUGAUGGGCCGAUCCAUUAAACAGGAACCCGUCCUCGGCGAGUGCCCCGCCGAUCUCUACCAGCACAGCUCGGCUCCUGACAUGUCCCCUCCCACCACACUGGACCUCAACAAUGGCACCAUUACAUUCGACCAUAUUCCUGCAGAUUCCGGGGACUCCGGCCCCUAUGGAUCCUCCCGGACCUGUAAAAUAAAGGACUUGGUAAGGGACACCCUAUCGCCAAUGUCCCCGAGUGAUCCCCUGCUGUCCUCAAUGUCCCCAGAUGGCUCCAACAACGGAAGCAGCAUCCACAGUUCCUCCUCUAGUAUGGAGGAGAAGGAUCAUGGCUGUUAGCAUACCAAGACUUUCAAUCCAUGGCAUCCCAUCAAUGAGGCACUCAGCUAACGUGACUUUAAGGUACCCUCGUAACUGUGGAUCAAUUCUAAUAUAAACUCUAUUUUUGCGUUGUUUCCAUGUUGUUCUUACUUUGGACUCCCUUUUUGCUGAACUCCAUUGUUCUGUUUGUCGAUGUUUCCCUUCCUUGGUUGUACGCUGUAUUUUUACAUUGUUCUUGAUGCUGUAUAGAUGGAUAGUUGGCAAAUAUACAAGGUGACAAAUGUGAAGACAAUCGAGGUUAGACUGGUCAACCUAAUGAAGUUUAAACUAGGGUGUUCAUAUUGGUCAUGCAUACACUGUAUUGAACUGUCCAUGACAAAAGAGAUACCAUACAUAUGUGAAAAUGUCUUGAGUUCAGUGUAAUGCAAACUCCUUGUAGUAUAUUAUAUUUCUUUAUAGUAUUUUAGCCCUGUGUUCUUUAUGAAUUCUAAAGUUUACCCCAUGAAAAGGAUUGGUUUUUAUCAGAUAUUUUAUUAAUAUCACAAUUUAUUUAUGUCAUUCUUUCCUUUAAUUCAGUGAGAACUUUUUUGACAUACACGUGCUUUGGGGAUUUCUCUAACGAAACUCUUUAGUUUAUAAUUGCACACAAACACGUUGUUUAUCUUCUUCAUUCUAUAUUAUUUUAUAGACAUUUUAAAUGAUUAAUAUAAGACAAUAACAUAGUGGUCUGACAAUAUUUGGUAAACUGUGGCUCAGGCUACAAAUGUUAAUAAAGAAAUGAAAGGAAUAAAAUGUCUACAAAUGAUAAAAACACUAGUGCCGAUUUUCCACCAACCUGGAGCUGGAGCUGGAGCCCAUAAAGAUCUGGUUUUUCGUGUGUAUCCACUGCAGCAUCCACGGCUUUAAGCGCCGAAAAACCGGAUCUUUCUGGCCCCACUCGGCUGCCCGGCGAGAUCCAAGAACCAAAUAUGUCACGCUUACUUCGAAGGGGGAGGCGAGAUUAACCUGAGCAAUCACAGUUCAUGGCGAGUACAGCGAGUACAAAUUGUAACAAGCAGUAUCGCUGAGCAAAGUGACCACAACGCGACCACACACACUUAUAAAACACACACUUCAUAAAGUCCCACAGAGGGGACAUUUGCAUUCGGCAUUUGACCCAUCCUACUGUUAGGAGCAGUGGGCUGCCGUACGUAAGGCGCACUUGGAGCAGCGUAGAGAACGGUGCCUUGCUCAGGGACACCUUGGUAGCACUUGGUCUUUCGACGACCUUCUGGUUCCCAAGCAAAGUCCCUACGGACGUCACCACAGAAAAUCACUAUAUACAUUAUAACCUUAAGAAGUUGUGACAUGAUACAUCAUACUUCCUUAUUAUGAAUCCAGUAUUUGUGGGCAGUUGGGGAAAACCUCUGCGACACAUUUUUGUUAAUGUUUGUUAUCUCUUUUAUGUUGUAAAUAAUUAAAGCAUUUACAAAGCUAAUAUGUUGUAGUAUAUUGCCAACAUGUUGUGUUUCCUUUCUUGACGCAUUCAUGUUUGCCCAUGAAUAUUUAUAUCAUUUUUUUGGGGGGGGGCAGCAUGCAGUAUACAGUAUGAGACUGUGCAGAUAAAACAAUUCAAACUGUACACGUUGUAAGUUGUGUCACUUAAACUUUGCUUUUAAAUAUUGUAAAUUAUUAUUAAAAUGUAUUCUUAAAGAAC